AUGAGCUCGUACCCGUCGCCGGCCCACUCGUCGCUCCCGAGCUUGCCACCGCAUCCGCUGUAUGUGCGCCCGUCCUCGUUUCCUUCGACGCGCCUCGUUUUCAACGCGAUGACGCCGCCGCAGACCGAGCACGCGCUCAACAUGUCGGUCGACGAGAUCGAGGACGAUGACAACGGACGCCUAGCGCUGGCCCUUUUUCAUUGCAUGUAGGAGGGUAAACA